ACUCCCGCGGUCAGAGGGAGAGGAGACAGGGAAAGAGAAAGAACUCCGUGCGUUCUACUACACACAGUCACAGGAUAAGGACGAGUGCGUAGACAGUUAUUAUAGACAUUUUUGUGUGUCUUCUUUUUAAAUCAACAUUUGCACGUGAGAUUACGGUUGUAGUGGAUGUAAAGGAACUACAAUAGAAUCGGAGGAAUGUAUCCAGCUAGAGCAACAGUGACCCACCGUCUCCCGAGAUGUCAGCUCCACAUUAUCCGAACCAUCGUGCUACUCCUGGCUGUCCUAGAGAUGACUGCGACCCGGUCUGAUUUCCCCCACGACCCCAGUGUUGUGGCCCCCUCCACUUGGAACAGCUCAGCUCUCUUCUUGCGUCUGGAGGCUCCUAUGAACAACAUCACCACGUCUCUGGGCCAGACAGCAGAGCUGCUGUGUCGUGUGUCCGGUAACCCCACUCCCACGGUGCGCUGGCUGAAGAACGACGCCCCCGUGGUCCAGGAGCCUCGCCGGAUCUCCUACCGACCAACGCCCUACGGCUCCCGCCUCCGCAUCCGUAACCUGGACACUACAGACACAGGCUACUUCCAGUGUGUGGCCACUAACAGCUACGGCAUCGUCUCCACCACAGGAGUACUCUUCGUCAAGUUUGAUCCACUCCCUACACCAAUGCCAGGAAGGCCCUAUCCUGAUGAUUUUGAUGAGGAGGGGUUCUGCCAACCGUACAGGGGAGUGGCCUGUUCUCGCUUCAUAGGAAACCGCAGCAUCUUCGUUGACUCUCUGCAGAUGCAGGGUGAGAUCGAAACCCAGAUCACAGCCGCCUUCACCAUGAUCGGAACGUCCAACCACCUGUCGGACCGCUGCUCCCUGUUCGCCAUCCCGUCUCUGUGCCACUUUGCCUUCCCAACAUGUGACCGCAGCUCUGGGACUGACAAGCCCAGGGACCUGUGUAAGGACGAGUGUGAGAUCCUAGAGAAUGACCUGUGUAAGACCGAGUACAUCAUCGCCCGUUCCAACCCCAUCAUCCUGAAGAGACUGAAACUACCGAACUGUGAAGACCUGGCGGGACACACCAGCCCAGAGGCUGCCAACUGUAUGAGGAUAGGGAUCCCCAUGGUCGAGCCCUUCAACAAGAACCACAAGUGUUUCAACAGCAGUGGUUCAGACUUCCGCGGGACGGUCAGUAAGACCAAGUCAGGUCGUCAGUGCCAGCCCUGGAACUCUCAGUACCCUCACAGCCACACCUACCUGGCGGUACAAUACCCCGAGCUCAGCGGAGGACACUCCUACUGCCGUAACCCCGGCAACAAGCAGGAGGGACCAUGGUGUUUCACGCUGGACGAGGGGGUCCGCUUGGAGCUAUGUGACAUCCCUGUUUGUGAUUAUAAGGAGAAGCGUGGGGGCAGUAACAUGGAGAUUCUGUACAUCCUGGUCCCGAGCAUAACCAUCCCUCUGGCCAUCGCCCUCCUUUUCUUCUUCAUCUGUUUGUGUCGUAACAACCAGAAGGCUUCUCGCCCCCCAGCCCCCAGACAGCCCAAACCUGUCAGGGGACAGAACGUUGAGAUGUCCAUGCUCACCAAUUACAAACCCAAGAGUAAGGCCAAGGAACUCCCCCUAUCCGCAGUGCGUUUCAUGGAGGAGCUAGGUGAAUGUACAUUUGGUAAGAUCUACAAGGGCCACCUGUACAUGCCUGGUAUGGAGCAUGCCCAGCUGGUGGCCAUCAAGACCCUGAAGGACUACUCCAGCCCUGGCCAGUGGGGGGACUUCCAACAGGAGGCAUCAGUCAUGGCUGAGCUGCACCAUCACAAUGUGGUGUGUCUUUUGGGGGUAGUGACCCAGGAGCAGCCUGUCUGCAUGCUGUUUGAGUUCCUGAACCAGGGGGACCUCCAUGAGUUCCUCAUCAUGCGUUCUCCUCACUCUGACGUGGGCUGUAGUAGUGAUGAGGACGGGACCAUCAAGUCCAUCCUGGACCACGGAGACUUCCUGCACCUGGCCAUCCAGGUGGCUGCUGGUAUGGAAUACCUGGCCAGUCACUCCUUCGUCCAUAAGGACCUGGCAGCCCGUAACAUCCUAGUGGGGGAACGGCUCCACGUCAAGAUAUCUGACCUAGGUCUGUCCCGAGAGAUCUAUGCCUCCGACUACUACAGGGUCCAGCCCAAGGCUUUACUCCCGAUCCGAUGGAUGCCUCCUGAGUCCAUGGCCUAUGGGAAGUUCACGUCGGAGUCAGACAUCUGGGCGUUUGGCGUGGUGCUGUGGGAGAUCUUCAGCUACGGCCUGCAGCCCUACUACGGCUUCAGCAACCAGGAGGUCAUGGAGAUGGUGAGGAAACGUCAGCUGCUGCCCUGCCCAGAGGACUGCCCCCCCAGGGUCUUCAGCCUGAUGACAGAGUGCUGGCAGGAGGGCCCAGCGAGGCGUCCGCGGUUUAAGGAUAUCCACUGUCGUCUCCGGGCCUGGGAGGGGCUGUCAUCCCACGCCAGUUCUAGUACCCCAUCAGGAGGCGGGGGCAACGCCACCACCCAGACCACCUCGUUGAGUGCUAGUCCUGUCAGUAACCUCAGCAACCCACGCUACGCCGCCGCUGCAGGCUACCUCUACCCAGCUCAGGGGAUACCCGCGCCAGGUCAUCCGGGCCACCAAAUGGCAGGCUGGACCCCUAUGACCCAUGGAGCACCCAUGGCCCAGAACCAGCACCAACACCAAUGCUUCAUCCCUGUCAACGGCUACCCCAUCCCCCCAGGCUAUGCUGCCUUCCCUGCAGCCCACUUCCAGGCCCAGGGCCCCCCCAGGGUGGUGCAACACCUCCCCCCGCCCAAGAGCAGAUCUCCCAGCAGUGCUAGCGGCUCCACCAGCACCGGUCAUGUGGCCAGCUUGCCGUCCACAGGGUCUAAUCACGAUGCCAACACGCCACUGCUGUCACACUGCGUGGCGAUAUCUGCCCUGCCAGGGGGCGGGACCAUGCAGGUGUACGGACACAUGUCCCAGAAGGCUUUGCAACAGAUGGACCCCUCGCAGACGUCUGCACUGCUGGCCGACGCCAACAGACUCAUGUACAGCGAUUCGAUCAUCACCGCUGACGUGUAAAUACACUACAGACCUUGACUAUAUAAUAUCUCAUCUGGUUGAUGUGAUGCUUUGUUUCCUUUUACCUGUUUUGUUUGUUUUUGUAAUAAAAUUAUUAUAAUUAUUUUUUUAACUUUUUACUCUACUUGUAAAUCCCGAAUGAAUGAGAUGCAAAGAUUUAUAUUCAAUUAACUUUUUUUAAUAACAGAGCUAGAAGUCGUGGCCAGCCUCCUAUUCUGAAACUUUACCUGCCUGGAUAGACUCUUAAUGAAUCUACUCUACCUGCCUGGAUAGACUCUUAAUGAAUCUACUCUACCUGCCUGGAUAGACUCCUAAUGAAUCUACUCUACCUGGCUGGACAGACUCUUAAUGAAUCUACUCUACCUGCCUGGAUAGACUCUUAAUGAAUCUACUCUACCUGCCUUGACAGACUCUUAAUGAAUCUACUCUACCUGCCUGGAUAGACUCUUAAUGAAUCUACUCUACCUGCCUGGAUAGACUCUUAAUGAAUCUACUCUACCUGCCUGGAUAGACUCUUAAUGAAUCUACUCUACCUGCCUGGAUAGACUCCUAAUGAAGCUACUCUACCUGCCUGGAUAGACUCUUAGUAAACUCUGAAUCAGGCACUUCUUGAUUUUCUGGAGCACUUUAGGGCUGUUCUGCAGUAGGGUGUGGUGUUGUUGGACUGGAGGGGCCAUGUUCUGCAGUAGGGUGUGGUGUUGUUGGACUGUUCUGCAGUAGGGUGUGGUGUUGUUGGACUGGAGGGGGCAUGUUCUGCAGUAGGGUGUGGUGUUGUUGGACUGGAGGGGGCAUGUUCUGCAGUAGGGUGUAGUGUUGUUGGACUGGAGGGGGCAUGUUCUGCAGUAGGGUGUGGUGUUGUUGGACUGGAGGGGCCAUGUUAUGCAGUAGGGUGUGGUGUUGUUGGACUGGAGGGGCCAUGUUCUGCAGUAGGGUGUGGUGUUGUUAGACUGGAGGGGCCAUGUUCUGCAGUAGGGUGUGGUGUUGUUGGACUGUUCUGCAGUAGGGUGUGGUGUUGUUGGACUGGAGGGGGCAUGUUCUGCAGUAGGGUGUGGUGUUGUUGGACUGUUCUGCAGUAGGGUGUGGUGUUGUUGGACUGGAGGGGCCAUGUUCUGCAGUAGGGUGUAGUGUUGUUGGACUGGAGGGGGCAUGUUCUGCAGUAGGGUGUAGUGUUGUUGGACUGGAGGGGCCAUGUUCUGCAGUAGGGUGUGGUGUUGUUGGACUGGAGGGGGAAUGUUCUGCAGUAGGGUGUGGUGUUGUUGGACUGGAGGGGGCAUGUUCUGCAGUAGGGUGUAGUGUUGUUGGACUGGAGGGGCCAUGUUCUGCAGUAGGGUGUGGUGUUGUUGGACUGGAGGGGGAAUGUUCUGCAGUAGGGUGUAGUGUUGUUGGACUGGAGGGGGCAUGUUCUGCAGUAGGGUGUGGUGUUGGUUGAACUUGAUGAGGCCUGCACUGCAGUAGGGUGUGGUGUUGUUGGACUGGAUGAGGCCUGUCCUACACAACGCUAUGCAAUAACAUAGCACUCAUACCCUCUGCAUCACUCUCCACAGUUAUGUGCCUCCACAGUUAUGUCCCUCCACAGUUACGUGCCUCCACAGUUAUGUGUGUCUACUAGACUCUCUUCUCAAUACAGGGUUCUAUCAAUAGAUAUUUCACUGAUAUAUAGGUACUAGGACUGAAUCAGAUGAUUGUUUAACCAGCCAUACUUCUCUCUCCAAUCUGUGAGCAUGUCUCUCCUCCCCUCUAUCACCCUCUUACAAUAGAUCAGCUAUGCAAUAUGGCUCUUACAUUGGCUAUGCAGUCUUUGAUCUAUCCAUUUAUUGUUGUUUUUAUGAUAUGAAGAAAUAGUACUGAUACAUGUGUGUUCAUCACAGCUUCUUUCUCAAAGCAAUCAAUCUAACAAUAAUGUCUGACAGUAGGGUGAAGGAAUGAUAAAAUAUAGGUAUGAAUCUGAUAUCCUUCCACAUUUUACCAGACAGCUUACACAAGCAGCUACAAUACAGUAUAUUUCACCUCACUUUAAAGUGUUUGUUGCUAUGCAACUACUUAGUACAAAGACUCACUGUUUGCCUGUACAGAAAGAGGACAAUCCUCGGUAGCACUUGCCUUCCAUGCUUACUUUGGUAUAAUACACAUCUCUUCCAUGCUUACUUUGGUAUAAUACACAUCUCUUCCAUGCUUACUUUGGUAUAAUACACAUCUCUUCCAUGCUUACUUUGGUAUAAUACACAUCUCUUCCAUGCUUACUUUGGUAUAAUACACAUCUCUUCCAUGCUUACUUUGGUAUAAUACACAUCUCUUCCAUGCUUACUUUGGUAUAAUACACAUCUCUUCCAUGCUUACUUUGGUAUAAUACACAUCUCUUCCAUGCUUACUUUGGUAUAAUACACAUCUCUUCCAUGCUUACUUUGCUAUAAUACACAUCUCUUCCAUGCUUACUUUGGUAUAAUACACAUCUCUUCCAUGCUUACUUUGGUAUAAUACACAUCUCUUCCAUGCUUACUUUGGUAUAAUACACAUCUCUUCCAUGCUUACUUUGCUAUAAUACACAUCUCUUCCAUGCGUACUUUGGUAUAAUACACAUCUCUUCCAUGUUAAGCACAUCCUUAUUUUUUAUCAGGGUACAACGUCAGUGAAGUAUGAUGAGCGUGUUGGGUACUACUAUCCUGGACAUUUCUAGGAUGUGUCAGUUAGUGUCCAGAGGGACUGUCCCUUUAGGUUAAGCUCUUUUUGAUUUUUUUAUUCCACAUAUCUUUCUUUCUCUAAAGCAGUUCUACCUACCUAGGUAUCUGGAGUUCUAUACAGGUAUCCUCUGAUGUUAUAUGAAUUUAAGUGUGUGUAUAUAUCAGUUCAAAACCACUUAAACACAAGACUGUGAACCUUGGGACUGGCUAUUUUGUCUUGGGCAAAAUAUAAUUCUUGUGCUGUUUUUAUUUAGUUAAAAAGUUUUAUGUUACAUCACUUUCUUUUUCUUGGACAGUCUUUUUCAAACAGCAUUUUUAGAUUACAGUGUAUUCAUCACAAAGGUUUACGUGCAUAAUAUUGGAUUUACCAAGAGGCCUUGUCUUUGUAUUUUCUGAAGAUUUUUGCACAAAUGUUUUGUAUGGCAAAAUCAUUAUUAAAUAAUUACAUUGUUUGGUCAUA